AUGUGGCUAAAGAACAGUACAGGGCGGGGAAGGAGAGGAAAAAGCCGGAUCGCGUGGUGUUUGACUGCCAGGAGAGAGCCUACUGGGUGGUACACAGACCUCCGGACUUUCUUGACGCAUGGCGCCCCCCGGUGGAUCAACAUUGACGGCAAGACCAUGGAGGUGACAGUUAAAGGGUUGAAACACCCUCACAGAUACGUACUGGAUGCAGCUGACACACAUCUUCAUGCUGAUGAAGAAGGACUCUUUCGGCGGUACCUGAAGUCUCUAGUAUUUAAGGACACUCAGAAGAGGGCCAUCUGUCCUGACCAACACAUGUUCAGUGUGUCCCAGUUGGAGGCCAAUGCGAGGAAGCGUCGACCCAGCAUCAGUACCAUCAUCGCCCGCCAGCUGGAGCAGGAGGAGAGAGCCAGGAUGGCCACCCGUGGCCCUGUGGACAUCACACAGCUGUGUCACUUCACGGCACCCAUACCCCACCUGGCGGUCUACUCUGGCCCCCCUUCUUCCUCCACCGCACCCCCUUUCCCUCUCUGUCUCCCCAACACCCCCACCUGCUCUUCACCCAUCAACGUAACCAUAGAUAGCACCCCCGCCUCAGAACGUAGGUGGGAGGGAAGGGGAGGAGGUGGGGUGGAGUGGGGAGAGGCCGACAUUGAGAGCCGGGGGACUGCUGUCUCUUCUCGUUUAUGUAUGGCUCUCUCAUUGGGCCGUCUGUUGAGAGGGGGCUGUACUCCCUCCGCAAUAUUCGCCAGCCUUACGCCAAAAUGUCCUGCCCCAGCCGGGACCAGCAGCUGCGUUCAGCCUAUCAACAUGGAGCAGCCCAGCCAAGCCCCGCCCAGGCGCAUUGCCAAUUUUUUCCAGAUCAAGGUGGACAUCCCGCCAGAGUGUAGUAUCUACCCCGUUGACUCCGGGGAUGAGGAGGAGAGUGGGGGGGCAUCGAGAAGAGAAGGGGAGGGAGGGCAGGUGAAGGAGAUCAUCUGUCCCUGGGAAAGUCUAACACCUUAUGAGGGGGCCGGGUAACACACACACACAUUAACGCGCGCACACACACACACACACUUACAUUAAUGCUGACAUUUCCAAAGUAUAAUCCGUUACAGUUACUAGUUACCUGUCCAAAAUCAGUAACGUAAGAUUUGGAUUACUCAAACUCAGUAAUGUAAUCUGAUUACGUAGUUACUUUGGGAUUACUUUCCACUUCAGAAGCGUUAGAAGACGUGUGUCAUCAUAGUGGUCUCUGACUUGUCAGACUCGCUCAGGUGGAACAAUCUGAAAGUAGAACAUUUGUUCAAUGCUGAAUAGAAU